AUUGUUAAAGUGAUAAGGGAAAUCCAGGGAGUGCUCUCCAUCGCUAAAAGAAAGGCUGCCACACUGAAACCGUCACCUCACAACCACAGAGGAGACCUGCAGUGGAGGCAAAGGCCGUGGAGGGAGCUGACCACUGCCCUGCAGCAGAGGGGCUGGGCCUGCUUCCGCUGAGCACUAUGGAUGUCAGAGGGCUCCUGGCGGGGGGCAGAUGUCCCUAUAGCCACCCGGAAACAGGCACUCUCACACACUCAUGGUGUCAUGUAAUGUAAACCAGGGCAACCUUUUGCCCUGGAGGGAAAUUUAGCCAUCAAAAUUUAAAAUGUGGUCGGUCUCGGCUCCUCGUCAUGUCCUACAGUCCCUUAGAUAUGUACCGGAACCCGGGGGCCUCGGGGACCCCGCUCUGGGCCUUCAGCAGCAUCAUCCAGACGUGCAGCGGCAACAUCCAGAGGAUCAGCCAAGCCAGAGAAAUAACGUGUACCUGCUGCUAAGGACUAAGUUGUUCAGUUUCUACUUAGGAGAAGAGUCACUCAGCAAUCACCUGGAAGAUUUUGCUUAAUUAUUGUUUCUUAACAGACUUAGAGGCUAUUAACACAUCUGUGUUUUUGUAAGCUGCUCAGAUAAAGAAUUUGAUGAGCCAACUAGGAACUAAGCAAGAUUCAAGCAAGCUACAGGAAAAUCUGCAACAGUUACAGCACUCUACAAAUCAGCUUGCCAAGGAAACAAAUGAAUUACUGAAGGAAUUAGGGUCCUUGCCCCUUCCUUCAUCUACUUCAGAACAGCGCCAGCAGAAACUUCAGAAGGAACGUCUCAUGAAUGACUUCUCUGCAGCCUUAAACAAUUUCCAGGCUGUGCAGAGAAGGGUAUCUGAAAAGGAAAAGGAGAGUACUGCCAGAGCAAGAGCUGGAUCUCGUCUUUCUGUGGAGGAGAGGCAAAGAGAGGAGCAACUCGUCUCAUCUGACAGCCAUGAGGAGUGGAACCAGAUGCAGAGCCAGGAGGAUGAGGUGGCCAUCACUGAACAGGAUUUGGAACUUAUUAAAGACAGGGAAACGGCAAUUCAGCAGCUGGAGGCUGAUAUUUUGGAUGUCAAUCAGAUAUUUAAAGAUUUGGCAAUGAUGAUCCAUGACCAAGGUGAUCUCAUUGACAGCAUAAAAGCCAAUGUGGAAAGCUCAGAGGUGCAUGUAGAAAGAGCCACUGAUCAGUUACAGCGAGCUCCUUACUAUCAGAAAAAAUCUCGCAAGAAGAUCUGUAUCCUGGUGCUUGUCCUGUCAGUGAUUAUUGUAAUCUUGGGACUUAUUUUGUGGCUAGUAAAUAAAUGAAGUGAUUGCCUCCGAGCCUUCUCCUGCUGAGCUGUUUUCAAGGGCAAGUGCUUGCUGGAGUCUUGCCAGAACAAACUGAUCACAAGAAGACAGAAUACACCAGAAUGUCCUGUAAUAAUUUAGUUAGAAACUAACUACUAACUAGUCCUUGGAAUUAGUGACCUGUGGAGACAGUAUUUAUCAAUUUAUGUAUACAUUUUAUUGAUUUCUCAAAUUAAGAAUUAAUUUAUGUGGA